CAGAUGGCAGGGCGCAAGCGUCAUCGAUAGCACGAUAGCACCAUAGCAUGUUCAUUUACCAGUUUCAUGGUGUUUUUACAACUACAAACACACACUGACACAUAUAUGUACAUUUCUGUCUCUUUCUAACGUUAGCAUAACGACUUAGUAAUUCAAAUAUGCCGACUGUAGAAGACCUAUACAAAACAUUCGGGAUAUUAGCAGAGGCUAAGGACAAAGUAGGAGAGCACCAGGAGGAGUACUUGCGGAUCUUGGAGGCGGCGAGAGGCGGCCCGAACGAAAAGCGUCUCGCUUCUCAGUUCAUCGCACGAUUUUUCCGGCACUUCCCUGACCUCGCCACGCGCGCGCUCGACGCCCAGAUUGACCUCUGCGAGGAUGACGACGUUGCCAUCAGAAAGCAAGCAAUUAAGGACCUGCCGAAGCUCUGCAAAGAUAAUGUCGCUCACCUGCCGAAGAUAGCAGACGUGCUCGCGCAGCUUCUUCAGAGCGAGGAUGCUACGGAGCUCGGCGUCGUACAGGCCUCGCUGAUGUCGCUGUUCGAAAUCGACGCGAAAGGAACAUUGGCGGCGGACUCUUCACCGAGAAAAUGUCGACCGGCGAGGAAUUGUGCGCGAAAAGAGCGAAUAGUUUCUGGCCACACAGCGUGCGGCCACUGUCGCGAUGACGUCGCUCAACGUCGACAGUCGAAACACGAUCGUCGAGGCCGGCAAGAAGGUGCGAGAAAAGUAUUUGAAAUCGAGAUGCGAUGGGAGCGAGAGGCCGCCGACGGCGGCGGAGAGAACGCGAAGAAGGAGACGCCGAGCGAGGGCGGACGCAAACUCAACUUCUGCCUACGCACCGAGUGUCUCAAUGAACGUUCGCAUCAGCUGGGGCUGCCGCAGACACCCCAGAGUUCCUCAACCCGCCAACGAAAGAACGACUCCAAGGACUUCCAGAGUCAGGUGUCUCGAGACCGGUAUCAGGUCUCGAGACCGAGGUCUCGAGACCGAUUUCCUUGGUCUCGGUCUCGGGUCUCCGGCCUCGAAGAUGCAAUUGACUACGACUCGGACUACAGUGAUCGGACUCGAGCCGCUCCGGACUCGAGGACUCGGGUCGAGACCGGACCUGCAGUACUUUUGGCGCAAAAGGAGUUCAGGGUUACAUUAAGACUGCAGAAGAAGCUCUGCAUGGAAAGGCAGAAGAAUGCUCACUCGACAGCCUUCGUCAGCUACAUGUGCGCGCAGGUGCUGCCCUCUUUAGCGAGCGUCGGUGUCGGCGGCGACGGCAGCGACAUGCAGCUGGAGCUGCUGAAACUGCUCGCCGACAUGGCGGCGUUCGCUCCGGAUGUGACGGAACCCGCAGUGAAGCUGGGGGCCGUCUACGCGCGACUCGUGGAGUACCUGGACCUGCCACCAGAGGCCGCCGCCGGCGGCGGCGGCAGUGAGAACGGGGAGAAUGAGACGCCGAGCGAGGCGGAGCGCAAACUCAACUUCUCCUACGCCGAGUGUCUCAUGCACACGUUCCACCAGCUGGGCUCGCAGCACCCAGAGUUCCUCACCGCCAACGAAGAACGACUGAAGGACUUCCGAGUCAGACUGCAGUACUUUGCGCAAGGAGUUCAGGGUUACAUUAAGAAGCUGAGAGAAGCUCUGCAUGGAAAGGCAGGAGAGGCUCUGAAAUCUGAUGAGAACAAACUGAAAGUGCUGGCGCUGAAGAUGACGACAAACAUCAACACUCUCAUCAAGGACCUCUUCCACAAUCCGCCGUCCUACAAGAACACCAUCACGUUGUCGUGGAAACCAACGCAGAGGGCGGCGGCGGCGGCCGACGUGAAAUUGGUGGCGACGGGAACAAAACGAACGCCAAUAACGUUUGACAGCGGCGACACGCCGGCCAAGAAGUCGACGACGACCGUGGCGAAAGAAGACAGGAAGAUAUACGCGCCACCUAGUGGCAAGUUCAGCGACAAAGCCGGAAGCUACCAACCAGGUAAGGCGGAAACGUCGCGUUGUGCUUUUGUUGAGGCUUUUGUUUAG